AUGUGGCCGGAAGCCGCCAUUGAUCUCUGGAUACAGCAAGUCGCGGAAACGCCCGGAGACACGCCUCGUGGUCGAAAGCGCGGCCUGGCCGAGAUGAGCGAAAACGUCAUAACCACGCCGAAGCCAAAGCCGUCGAAACGCGCAAAGCAGUCGACAACCAACGUACAAGUACACGAAGACGAAAACGAAAACGAACCAGCCGGGGAUGAAGAAUACGGCGAUCCAACGCCGAUACCACUGCCUCACCAUCCGAUAUCCUCGGUCGCAGCUCUGCCGGCACGAGACAACGAAUCAGUCUCCGGUGCAUCGACCUCCAGCGCGGCCAUGUCGAAUUCCAGCCUGGCCCUCUCCACUCCCAGCCGGGCAAAGAGGAAGCGGAAUGCCAGUCCCAAGAAAGAGCUGAGCCGAGGAGCGCACGCACAAUACCCCAUCUCCACGCGAGCGGUGGAUGCCGCCAAGAUGCCCGAGGCUCUGCAGCCGCUCCUGAUGGAUCUGCGACGCAUCGCACUGGGCAGGCGUGUCAUUUCACGCGCAUGGGAAGGCUGGCAAGCGCAGCUACGCACACCGACACCGGAGGAGGACGAAUUCAUCUUGGACAACACGACCCAACGCGCGUCUCUGGGAGACGACAUGCCGCUGGAUGAUGCCCAGGAGCUCCUCCUGCAGGCACAGCUCAGACAAGACCGCGCUUGCUCCGAGGCCUCCUGGAACACCUUUGUUCAUGGCGUGGCGCUGUCGGCAGCCACUCGACGCUCCCCCUACAAGUCGAAUGUCUCCUGCGAGAACAUGUGAGUAUGCACACAGCACAAUGCAGGAAGCAGCUAAUAUACCCGCAGUACAACCGCCCGUGUCUCCGCCGUCGACAGAACCGACACCAAACGAGUCGAUUUCUGCCUGGCAUUGGAACUGGACGGGGACUUGAAGAGAGAGCUGUGCGCAGCGAACGUUGACUCGGUCAACCACACCGACUACGACGGGGUGGCCUUCAGUCCGAUCGCCGUCAGUAUCGAGACCAAGGCCGGUGUCCUCGACAGCGGCUCGGAUGCCGACCUCCAACUGCGAAUGUGGGCCAAGUACCAAUUCGACUUCCUGCGCGGCAUCUUGAUCCAAUCCGGGCGAGAUCCUGUUCUGCCACCUUUGCCGUUGAUCGUCGCUCAGGGACAUGAAUGGAGGAUGUAUUACUUCGUGGAGGAGGGCAACGGUGCAGUAAGUGACGCACCAUGUCGACCACACACUUCUCCUGUUGACGAUCAGUAGAUUUUGUACCGCGAUACUUCGGCGUUCGGCAAUACCGAUACAUUGCUCGGCAUCUUCAAGCUCCACACUGGUUUGCAACGUCUUAUCCGUUGGGCGGAGGAGUGGUACCGCCCAUGGUUCAUGGAGCACAUCAUCCCAGGCCUUCUCCAAGGCAGUUCGGCUGCCGGACCCUCGAGGACGUGA